AAAGUAUUUUAGAAUCAGUUUUCGCAGUCAUUAUUGUAAAGGGGAAGUAUUUUUAAUCAGAUUCAUAACUUCACUUUUCAAAAUAAUGAUUAGAGUUUGCAGAAAUCAGCUCUCAAAAAUGAUUUAUUUUCAUGCCAUAUUUCUGCCUUCGUCCCGUCCUCCGGUGAGCUCCAGUUUGAGUGACGUCACACAAUAGAUCGGUGAUCAGCUGAGCUAGCUGCCAGCUGCAGCAGAAAUCCUCACAUCCAUUCACUUUGCGUGUACGGUACUUUGAUUUUGUCUCAACCGGUGCCGCUGGUACGGUAUUGCGAGCAAAAUGACGGCUGUUGAUGAGGAAAUUGAAUUUUUGGAUAUGGACAUUGACAUCAGUGACGAAAGUGAUUAUAAUGACAGCGAUGACGAUGAUGAUGGGGAAGUAGGAGAGCUUGAAGGAGAAGAAGAGGAAAGACUCGUUGAUGAACGAGAUCAAAUUCCGCAACCUUACCAGCACGAACCAGAGCCUGUGCAGCCGCCGGAACCGGGUGCGAUACCUCUCGGUGAUGGUGUGGGCUUUCGUGGAAACAGAGACAUUACUCGUCUCGACCCAAGGAAUACCGAUAACUGGUGUCAGUGCGGCCAUUGCGAGAUUUUACCGUCGUUCAAUGUUGGAGACUGUCUCUGCUGCAGAGAAAUUGCAGAGGUGGCAAAAGAGGGGGAAGGCGUGGAGUGCAUCACCCAAGCUCGGGAUUUUUAUCCAGCCAUACUCAACCCCGUAACAUUGUACAUUGCAUGGCAACAUUUCACGGAAAGGUGGCGAAGGCAGGCAAGAGCAUUUGGUGCUCGAAACAAUGAGAAAUAUCGAUAUGUUGCCUAUCGCCAAUUUGUUAGGUGGUGCUGGGGCAUCUUGGGCAAAGACAUCAGAGUACAGCUCCCUGCUUGCGUCCAGGCCAUCAUCAAGAAUACAUAUCCAGAUGGAAAUAACAUCUAUCGAGGUACUGUGCUGAGACGGCUGGAAAUUUGAUUCACAAACUAUAACGUUUUUGUGUUCUCUCUACAUGAAUUUGCUGGACUCAUUUUCUGUGAUACUUUUUUCACCUUUUUUGUAUAAGUUGCAGUGUUCUUUUUACAUUCCGGUAAUGGUAAUUCUCUUAUAGUUAUUAAUAGAUAUUUAUAACAUGUACCAAUCUUUGUCCAAAUAAGAAAUAAUGUACAGUAGGACUAUAGAAAUCUGCAUGACAUCAUGGGCAAAAUUCAGCUACAUGUAAGAGUUAAAAAUGACUUGCAUAAUAUGGAUCUUUGUAAUUUUGAUACAAUUUUCAUUGUAGUACCAUGAGAACCUUUAUUAUGAUUGAUUAGCCAUGUGGUAGUUGGCAAAACUGCCAAGUUACUUUGAGAAUAUUCUUUUUGUGUAAAGACUUGUGAUUUUUCAACAUAUCGCUUCAGAACAACUCAAAUUAAGUCAUAGGACACAGUGAUGCAAGAAUCAUUCAUCAGUCUUAGAUUGGGGGGGGGGUGCAAGUACAACUUAUGCUCAUACAUGUACAUGGAAAAAAGGUAGCAAAAUUGCUGAAAUCAGGAAAUCUACAUUUUCAUUAUAUUUUUUAAUGAACAAUACAUGCAGUACAGUGUAUUUACUGCUUUGUUUCUCUCACCUAUUAUGAAUUUCCUCAUUUCAGCUUGAUGAUGGAAGACUUACCACAGAUACUCUUGUUUCUCUUGCCAUGUAAAUUUUGUAGUUUUAUCUCAGGUAUACAAGUUGGCCAAAUGGUAUACUGUCAAGAUCUUUCAACUAAUGUAAACCAAAUAUCAUUACUAGAUAUUAUCAAUCAGCAUUAGAAUUUUAUAAUUAGGUAAAGUAUGUUGAUGACUUUGCCUUUUCAUGGCAGCUGGUAUUGUUCUUGAGGUGUAAAGAAUUUAUGGAACAAUUUGGUUCUAAGUUCAAACGGAUAUCUUUACAUGUAGGGCCUACAUGUGUCUUAUAAAUACAAACAGCUUUCCAAUUCAUGUUACCUGUGAAUCUGAACUGUUAUUCCUUUUUUCCCCUUAUGUUCUUUCAUGGAUAUUUCAUAAGUCUAUUUCAAUAUAUAUUAUGAAGUACAUGUACAUAUUAUUUUCAUAUAUUUGUAUUUAUCUUUUUUUGCAAUAUGAUGUCAGACUUGCUGCAAAUAAUCUUGUCACAUAGAUUUUGCGGUGUUUAAUCAGGGUUUUUCUUUUGUAACAACUAAGCCAAAUAAUAUCCAUAACUUGCCACUUUUAUCAAGCAAAAUGUUUUUCACCAAUUAUAACAAAGUAUUCUGAAAUGUAUACAAGUAUUCUUUUUAUGGCAACUGGUAUUUAUUGUAAAGUGUAAAUAAGACGAUGCUAUACAUGUAAACAUGGUGCAUUAAAUUUAUAAAUGUACAAAUAUACACAUAAAAUUGAAAUGAUUGGUCGGUUUAUCUGUUUGUAUAAUAUAGAAGUAAUGAUAAUGAGGAGCGUGUUACAGUUGAAAAACAACUUGCUGCCCAUAUGUAACACAGGAUGUUUUCAAAAUUUCCUGCUAUUCAAAAUGACUCUUCAAAGUAAGACCUGUCAUUUUUAAUUUUUUAUAAUGUUCUUACUAAAUACAGCUUUACAGACCCAGCAAUGAAUUCAGGACAAAAAGAAAAAAAUCCAAUGGGUCCUGGUAGGUGUUUUAUAAAGCUGUAAGUUACAAGCGACUUGACGACAAACUGGUGAUCAUUUCUUAGGAACUUCGUCAACACCAUUGAAAAUCUAGUGUGUAUCAUUUACUUGUACCACAAGAAAACAUCACCAGUCGCUCAUACAUGUAAAUUUGCUUGCAUCAUUCGAACAGGUUUAUGAAACACCCACCUGAAUCCAUACGAACCCUGGAUUACUAUGACAGUGCAGGAUAGUGAUGAUUAGGGUGUUGAUGAUUGUGAUGGGGACAAUAGUUCUGAUAGAUGGCAAUUAUGAAUCAAUGAUCCAUUUUAUUAGGGAUCACAAGGAACUGCUUGGGCCACAUUAAGCCCCCCCCCCCUCCCCCCAAUUUGAUGUUUAAAAAAAAAGCCAAAAAUCGUUUGCAUGGUCAGUGUGUUCUGCACAUGAUACAUGAUGGUGUUAUCUAAAUGAUGGUGAUGGAUGAUGAUCAUGCUGGUCAUAGUGAUGGAAUUGAUGAUGAUAAUUAUGGUGACAUGUGUCUUGAUUUUGGUGGCAGUUGAGAAAAGUUGUGGCAAUAUGGGGUAGGUGUAUUUUGCAUGAUUUGGCAAAAAUUGAUUCCCUUUUCCCUCCCCUGGAAAACUAAUGAUUUUAAUGGAUAAGGGCACUAGAACAAUUUGUUAACUGCAAAUUAUUCAUCAAAGUAUUUUGUUAGUCUUUGAAUGGCUGUAUAUACACAUCAGUGGCAUACCAGGGGGGGGGGGCAAGGUCUUCAACUGUACCAGAAAAAAAUUUACAAGCCAAAAAAAAAGGUCUUCAAUCAAAUAAGCUUUUCAAUCCUACCAGAAGAAAUUUGACAAACA